AUGGUGGAAAAAGAUGAUGAUACAAGUUCUGAUGAAAGAAGUACUGUCACUUCCAAGCUUAGAAGUAGAUACAUAUGUUCACUUUGUGACAGAGAAUUCAAGAGCGGGCAUGCAUUAGGUGGCCAUUAUAAUGCCCACAGUAAAAAAAGAAAAAGAAAAUACGUGCCCGGAACUGUAGGAAGGGUUAUAAGAGUCCAUGUUCCUUCCAUUGAUGUUGAGCCACCAGUUGCACCACGACAUGGAUCCGAGUUCACUCAUGGUGCUCCGACCCCAGGGGUGCCGUCUGGUGUCGAUUAUGAAACUGGAGACGAAUCCUCGUCUACACGACCACAAGGGGGCCUUAAGAAAAAUAUAAAGUUAAAUAUUGAAUCUCAUCGUUCUCAUCCUUACGAGAGGGCUGUGAAUAAUGAGGCUCCUCGAGGUGGGAGACUACUAAAUUUAACGACACUGAUUCAUGGUGUCAAGAUUAAUAGCGGGGUAGACAUGGAUCUUGCGAGAACCAUAACUAAUCCUAUUGUUGACGUUUCUAGGAAAGAAAAUGGUGAUACCAAGUUCACCUCUGGUAAAAAUGGCGAUGAAGACUUGGAGUUGAGACUAGGGCUUGGACCAGCUUGA